AUGGCUCCUGAACUACCUCCACUUCUGCCUCCAGUUGGUGUUUUCGACCAAGCGGAGUUUCCCGACGCCUUGGAGUCGGAAAUUCCGGACAUUCCACCCAGCCCUGUCAUAAUCUCACAUGCGCCCCCAGCCGUCGCGAGGUCUGUUCGCCGAGGCUGUUGGCUUGUCAACUUCAGGCCCACCGGUACGCCUCUGGUCAGUUAUGAUGGUACCAUUCGCGUCGAGGUCAGUGCCGGAGGUAGGACGGCCAGCGGCGACCUCUAUCAACGGCAGAUUGUUAUUCUGCCAGGAGGUACGUCAACCCUUGGGCCUGGACCGAACCCUGCUCAUGGGAUUCCCAUUCAGCCGCUCAACAGAUACCGCUACUACCUUAGCAUCACCAGGAUCCUCGAGCAUAGCACUCCUGGGAACUCGUUCGAGCUCGGAUUCCAGCGCUGGCGAUACAUCCUGCCGACCCCGGCCAACCGUAACGGGUCAUGGGUUAAUGAGGGCCCCUUCAGCGCUACAAUGACCUGGAUAACUGCUCCGGCGGCAUAUCCCUCGGCGGGCGAUUACCUCGAGGGCAACCUUAGAAACAACCUCGGUGUUAUUGUCGGCCGGCUCAAGAUGGGCUGGGUCUCGUGGUAUUACCGCAAAGCGUCGAUCGAGAUUGAUACUGUCCAGGGUUCCGAACGUCCAACUGGUAACGGCGCUGGCGAGGCUUGGCGCACCGUCGGCAUCAAGAUGGGCUGGGACCUGACGGAGAUUCUCAGCCAGACCAACGUCACUAAUCCUAGUGGUGCGGGUUGGUCCAACGGAGAACUGCACGCAAGCAUGUUGCAGUGGAGGAACAGUAGCAACCUCGACAUCGAAUGGCGUUACCACCUGUUGGCCGUGCAUCUUCUUGACUUCACGGAACGCGGAGUUAUGUACGACACAGGUGGGACAGAUUCCAACAAGGUUGCCCGUGAGGGCGCUGGUCUCUCGUCGCACUGGAUGAUUCCUCCAAGCGGCUGGGGUCGUGUCAACGGUAAACGUUGGGGAGGCGAAGCGGCUCCUUACUUCCGCUCAGCGGUUCACGAGCUUGGCCAUGCGUUCGGUCUCCUGCACAAUCUCAACAAUCAAUAUUUCAUGGACACUAGUAACUUGAUCGCGGGAGCAGGAGAGGUGACACCUCCGAAGUUCCCUGAUAACAUCAGAUGGAACUUUGCGGAUAUAGACCUCCGCCGCCUGCGCCAUUGGUCCGAUAUCUUCGUACGGCCGGGCGGAGUUCCAUUCGGUGCGGCUUCGGAAACUAGUCCAAUCAUCUCGCCGCCAGACGUGGAAGUUGAGGUGCCCGGUGUGAGGCUGGAGGUCGAGCCGCUGAGGCCAGAACUGCCACUUGGUGCGCCUGUCCGAAUCAACAUCAGGCUCACCAAUGUCAGCAGCGACACGCCAUUACGGGUGCCGAAGGAUCUCAGCCUCAAGUCCCGCUUCGUAUGCGGUUACGUCACAGGCGUUUCAGGCACGCCUAGGACCUUCAGCCCGGUUGUGAUCACCGACGACAAUUCGAUGAGAGACCUUGCAAAGGGCCACAGCGUCACCGCCUCACUGACUCUCUUGCGUGGUGCUGAGGGUGCGCUCUUCCCUACGAGCGGCGUCUCAGAAAUUACUGUCAAGAUUAACUGGCCCAUUGGUGAGGCCGAGGCUGCAGUGGUUGGAAAGACAACCGUGAUGGUAACCGGGGCGUACACUUCCGAGCACGCCGUAGCCGCUCACAAGGUCCUGGCGACCCCCGACGUCCAUGCCGUUCUUAUCUUCGGCGGAGACCACCUGGAGGAAGGAAUUGAGGCUAUCCGCACUGCACUCAACGACGAUACUUUGCGCCCUCACUUCGCUGCCAUUGAAGCCAAAAGAUGCGCUCGUCGCUUCAUGAGCCGAGAGCCUGAUAUCGAGACCGCGAGAAGGCUGCUCGAUGACUAUGUCGUAAGGACUGAUGUUGAGGCGGCGCAACUGCGCAAGGCGUUCGAAGAUGCUGGAGCGGGUGAGGACCGGAUGCCAAGAAGUAUUAGACCGAAUGGCUCCUGA